AGGUCUUACUCUCUGGAGAAGAUUCACCCACAGUUAGCACUUUCUUCAGAUGCUGAGACUUGGUGAACAGCUGUGCUUGGUCACAAGAUUUAGAAGAUACAGUGUCCAACCUCCCAGAUUGGAUCUCAUUUCAUGUGGAUCUUCUGUUUCUAUGUCUCUUUAAAAAAGAACUUUUUGGGAAAUAUUUUGGAUGACAACUGCUUGUCCUCAUCUAGGCAAAGAAAGGGAGGCUAUUGCUGGGAUUUUGAGGAGGGAGAACAAAUUGGAGGGGGACAAGACUUGCAUGAGUGAGGACAGUUGGAAGAAUCAUCAAGUAACUGACUAAGCUUUUCCUAAAAGGAUUCCUGUAUACCCUGGAAGUGCUUGAGGAAGAGUGAUGAAGAUAGGCAUGAAGCCUUCGUCUCACUGCUGCAUGUGUAGUCACUAUUGAAGCAAAUGCCUACCUAAUUUGACAGUCUUGGUGUGUUUAAAAAUUUUGAGUUUGCAAGUAAGCAUAUUAAACCUACUGAUGGAGCCUUCAGGCAGUGAACAGUUAUAUGAGGACCCCGAUCCUGGAGGCAGAUCCCAAGAUGCAGAGGCCAGGAAGCAGACAGAAUCAGAACAAAAGUUAUCUAAAAUGACCCACAAUGCUUUGGAGAACAUUAAUGUGAUUGGCCAAGGCUUGAAGCAUCUCUUCCAGCACCAGCGCAGGAGGUCAUCAGUGUCUCCACACGAUGUGCAGCAAAUUCAGACAGAUCCAGAACCUGAAAUGGAUCUGGAAAGCCAGAACGCGUGUGCUGAGAUUGAUGGUGUCCCCACCCACCCCACAGCUUUGAAUCGUGUCCUGCAGCAGAUACGUGUGCCACCCAAGAUGAAGAGAGGGACGAGCUUGCAUAGUAGGCGGGGUAAGCCAGAGGCCCCAAAGGGAAGUCCCCAAAUCAACAGGAAAUCUGGCCAGGAGAUGGCAGCUGUUAUGCAGUCAGGCCGACCCAGGUCUUCGUCCACGACGGACGCCCCUACCAGCUCCGCGGUGAUGGAAAUCGCGUGUGCUGCUGCUGCCUGCCUGCCGGGAGAGGAGGCCGCCGCAGAGCGGAUCGAGCGGUUGGAAGUAAGCACUCUUGCCCAGACUUCCAGUGCAGUGGCCUCGAGCACUGAUGGCAGCAUCCACACAGAUUCCGUGGAUGGAACACCAGACCCUCAGCGCACGAAGGCUGCCAUCGCUCACCUGCAGCAGAAGAUCCUGAAGCUCACAGAACAGAUAAAGAUUGCACAGACGGCCCGGGACGACAACGUUGCAGAGUACUUGAAGCUUGCCAACAGUGCAGACAAGCAGCAGGCCGCCCGGAUCAAGCAGGUCUUUGAGAAGAAGAACCAGAAAUCUGCUCAGACCAUCCUCCAGCUACAAAAGAAGCUUGAGCACUACCACAGGAAGCUCCGAGAGGUGGAGCAGAAUGGGAUCCCCCGGCAGCCAAAGGAUGUCUUCAGGGACAUGCACCAGGGCCUGAAGGAUGUGGGCGCAAAGGUGACUGGCUUCAGUGAAGGUGUGGUGGAUAGUGUCAAAGGAGGAUUUUCCAGCUUCUCACAGGCCACCCAUUCGGCAGCAGGGGCUGUGGUCUCAAAGCCCAGGGAGAUCGCCUCGCUGAUUCGGAACAAAUUUGGUAGUGCAGACAACAUCCCUAACUUGAAGGACUCAUUAGAGGAAGGACAAGUGGAUGAAGCGGGGAAGGCUUUGGGAGUGAUUUCGAACUUUCAGUCAAGCCCCAAAUAUGGUAGCGAGGAGGAUUGCUCUAGUGCCACUUCAGGCUCAGUGGGAGCCAACAGCACUACUGGAGGCAUCGCUGUAGGAGCAUCCAGUUCCAAAACAAACACUCUGGACAUGCAGAGCUCAGGAUUUGAUGCACUACUGCACGAGAUCCAGGAGAUCCGGGAAACCCAGGCCCGGCUGGAGGAAUCCUUUGAAACUCUCAAGGAACAUUAUCAAAGGGACUAUUCCUUAAUAAUGCAGACCUUACAGGAGGAGCGAUAUAGAUGUGAACGAUUAGAAGAACAACUAAAUGACCUAACGGAGCUCCACCAGAAUGAAAUCUUGAACUUGAAGCAGGAGUUGGCCAGCAUGGAAGAGAAAAUUGCAUAUCAGUCCUAUGAGCGGGCCCGGGACAUCCAGGAAGCCCUGGAGGCCUGCCAGACCCGCAUCUCCAAGAUGGAGCUGCAGCAGCAGCAGCAGCAGGUGGUGCAGCUGGAGGGGCUGGAGAACGCCACCGCCCGCAACCUGCUGGGCAAGCUCAUCAACAUCCUCCUGGCCGUGAUGGCGGUGCUCCUGGUCUUCGUCUCCACCGUGGCCAACUGCGUGGUCCCCCUCAUGAAGACUCGCAACAGGACGUUCAGCACUUUACUCCUGCUGGCUUUCAUUGCCUUUCUCUGGAAGCACUGGGACGCCCUCUUCAGCUACGUGGAACGGUUCUUUUCACCCCCCAGAUGAUGCUGGCCUGGAAGGCAGUGCUCCCCACCCUCUGGCGAGUGCAUGCAGCGAGAGACAGCCACUUACCUAUUCGGAAGUUUUCUACAACAGAAGAGUUGAGUGAAUCUGUUUACAUUUAGAAUAAUGUUUUUUUCUUCAAGAGAUGCAAUUGCAAUAGUAUUUUUUAGAUUUUAUCCAAGAAGUUUUUUGGGCAAAAAUCUUGGAUCAUUUUUAUGUAGCAUGGUUUUCCUUGGGAUGCAAAACUGAACCAGUCCUUUAACAAGAACCAACAAUCUGGAGCACACUGAAGGGCAUUCUACAUGGUGGCUUGAAGGACUGCACUAAAACUCACCGAAAGGUCGAGAAACCUGCGGAGGGUAAACCAGGGAAACGUAACACCACGCCUCGUCCCAGCUCACCACCUCUCCCCGCCCCAGACUGACUUUACUGUGAACGCCUGCCACAUUCCCCGUCGGAAGCUUUGGAUUCAGGGUAGAUUUCCCUUGUCCGUGGAAGAACACGUGGAUCUCCCUGGCUUUCUUACCCACGCUGGCCAACCCUGGAAGGAUGAUCACUUUAGAACCUGGUCCCUUAGCGUCUGCUAGGAUACGGAAGUGAGAUUAUCGUGGCCCCAAGGAUCACUGCACGGUCCUCUGCAGUAUUUUGAAGUAGCCCUCUACAUACUUAAUUUUAAGCAAAAUCCCUUGGCCGCACUUUUAAGGUAUAUAUAUAUAUAUGUGUGUGUGUAUAUAUAUAUACACAUAUAUAUAUAUAUAUAUAUAUAUAUAUAUAUAUAGUUACCAACUGAAAAAAAUAAAUCCAAACAGCAUACUUGAAGAAUGUAAUACUCAAACUCUCAGUGCUUCCUUAUGGUUUCUAAUAGGAUUUUUUAUUAUUGUUAUUAUUAUUAUUGGGUUUUUUUGGAAAGGGUUGGGGGGGUCUUUUAUUUUUCCUUUGAAAUAAAGAAGUGAUGUUUUUAAAUGAAGAAAUGUGUGGAUAUUUAAGCGUGCUGCUCUCUGGUCUUGAAACAGUUGGAGGAAGAAAGAUUUGCUGUAAAUGCUGCCCUCUGCCGCCCUUGUCUUGAGAUGCAGCUUCGACCCCCUUCUCUGGCUGCCGUGGCUGG